GAAACCCAAAUAUCGAUACUGCUGGAGGCUUAAAAAUCAGUUUAAUGUACCAAAUAUCUUUUUGUGUAAAGCAUCUUUCUUUGUCAUGUGGGCCAGAGUGACAGGGCUAGUGGGAUUUAUGGGCCGACUAAACAAGUCUCCUAUUGGGGAUUUGCUCUUAUUUAACUUCAAAUUACUCUCAAAUGUGAUUAAGCUGAAAAGCAGAAUCUGUAGAAUCCUCCUCAACUGUAAAUGAUAAAUGUUUUUGUCAUCCUUAAUGUAAAUUAUACGUCCCCAGCAGACAUCAUAUUGACCCACAGAGUAAAAAUAAAACAAUACUUUGAAUAAUAGGUAGAUCGAAUGGGCCAAGCCUAUAAAAUGAAGAGCAGUUCAGACCAACCAAAAUAGUUUAACCACUUUAAUAUUUUCUUACCUUAUUGUCAACUUACCAAAGAGUAUUGUAUGACGGGAUUAGAAACUCGGAAGAGGUGUUUCUCAAUAUAAUAUAGGGAGUUUUUAACAAUGUAGGGCAUUCUAUAUGUUUCACCUUGCUUCAGUUUUUCAGGUCAAUGAUUUGUUGGUCAAAUGGAUAGUUAAUUUUCCCAUAGAUUUGAUAUUUUGCAUUUAUGGUUGACCACUUUGAAGUGAUUGAUUUGUUUGUAAAGAGAUUUUUUUUUCCCUCAAAGUUGAGAUUUUGCUCGUGGUUGCAUUUUCAGAUUGUUGUUGCCUUCAAGUUGACUUUUUUAUCCAUAGAAUGUGCAUCUAUGGCUAGAAACUCUUAUUGCUGGAGACUGUAAUGUGAUAGAGAAUACUUCAUAGUUUUUCUGCUAUUAGAAAAUUGUGUACUGUAAAUAUUCAUAACUAGAGUUUUGGAGCAGCAAAAGCUAUGUUGGGUUUGCAAGGGGAUAGGUGGGGAACAAUCAGGAGCGUCGUGCUUUGUAUCGCUUUCUUUGUUUUGAUUUGCAACAUAAAUUUAUGGAAUCUACGUAGAGCAUGCAGUCAAGAGAUUAUACAUUUUGCAAGAAGAAGUCUUGUUUCCUGGAAGAUGGACAGACAGCACUCAAAAACUAUGAACUUAAUCCAAAAUUCAACGGGGGAGCCUUUGCCUGCUGCCAAUCCACUUAUUGUGAAAGAAGAGUACACAUUUGAAGCUCAUACUGCUCCUUUUAAUAGUUGCCAUGCAUCUACUAUUGUUGAGAUUGAGCCCAACCAUCUAUUAGUUGCAUAUUACGGAGGGAGUCACGAGGGUGCACCUGAUGUGAAGAUAUGGCUGCAAAGGUACAAGGAUGGUAUGUGGCAUGCUCCAGAGGUGGGAGACGAGGAACUUAAUGUUUCGAUGUGGAAUCCAGUUCUUUUUAAACUUCCUAGUGGUGAAUUGCUUCUAUUCUACAAGAUUGGUCAAGAGGUGCAGAAGUGGAGUGGGUGUAUGAAAAGAUCAGGUGACAAGGGUGUGUCUUGGUCAGAAAGGGAACAGCUCCCACCUGGAAUUUUAGGUCCUUCUAAGAAUAAGCCUCUACUCUUGGAUGAUGGGAGCUUAUUGUGUGGCUCCUCAGUUGAAAGUUGGAAUGCUUGGGGUGCUUGGAUGGAGAUUACACAUGAUUCGGGUUACUCAUGGAGAAAAUAUGGACCUAUAUACGUUCCUGGAUUCCCAAUGAGUGUAAUUCAACCAGUACCCUAUCUGACUGUGAAUAAGACCAUACGUAUGUUGCUGCGUUCAACGGAGCAGAUAGGCAAGAUUUGCAUGGCAGAAUCAUCAGAUGGAGGCUUCAGCUGGAGUUAUGCUAAACCAACAGUGCUUAUAAAUCCAAAUUCUGGCAUAGAUGGUGUAAAACUGCAUGAUGGGAGAUUGGUACUUUUCUACAAUACAGUAUCACGAGGAGUGCUCAAAGUUGCUGUAUCAGAUGAUGAUGGAGAUUCAUGGAAGGAUGUUCUUACACUGGAGGAUCAAGAAGGAAUGGAGUUCUCAUAUCCAGCUGUGGUUCAAACUAUGGAUGAUCUCGUUCAUGCAACUUACACCUAUAACCGAACACAAAUCAAGCAUAUAGUACUUCAAACAACAGAACUGUGAUAAUCCAAAAAGUUUCUUAGCUCAUCUUAAGCGAUCCUAUUCAAUAAGCAGAGCUAUUGUGCAAAGCAUUUUAAUUCAUUAUUCCCAUUAAUUAUGGGCAGAUUUUUCUGAAAUUCAAUUACAUACUCAUCUGUAAUUGUAGAAGAUUGUAAAAUAUUUGUCCAAAAAGACCCGCUUAUUUAUCGGAAUUGUAUUAUAUCAAGACACAGUAAUUUGGAAGUUGAGUAACCUGAUCAGGCAGAAAAAAAAUUGUACAUGUGUGCUUUCUUGUGGUGGAGCAAUCAUUUGUAAUCAACUCUGCAUGUGAUCAGAGGUGGGAAAAAAUAUUCCAAACAUAAAUUUCUUAUGGGUCAUCAAAUAAAAUUUUCACGAUAUUUUGACAAUCA